GUUGGUGUGACGACAGUGACCGGUUAGUAUAAAUACCGAGACGGAAAGUUAUCUGCUCAUACCUCCAGACUUGGCCUUAAUGGUCACCAACCGCUGCGAGAAGCUGAGCAACUAUCACAACUACCGGCGGUGCGCUCAACAGAGGCUGGGAAAGAGCAGAAUUUGGACACUUCUCAGACAAACAACUAAAUUACCAUGAAGUCGACAUGUCUGCUCAUCUUGGCUUCUCUCGUGGUCUGCAACUUGACUCUGUGUGGAGGACAGGGCAUCCCCGAUGAGGAUGAGACUGACCGAAUGACCAUAGACGACAUCAUACUACAGAGAGCAGAAAGUCUCCUGUUACGGUCCAUUCUCAAGAAGAUGCAGGAUGAGGACGGCAGAAGCGGAGGAUCUUCUUCUCAGAUAGAAUGGGUGACAAAACGACAGCAUCCCGGUAAGAGAUACAGCGAAGAUCUAGAAAAGCGACAGCAUCCGGGCAGAAGAGAAGAAGACGAGGAUGGACAGUACUUGGAUGUUCAAAAGAGACAACACCCGGGUAAACGCGACGAUGACAUGCAUUCCUUCAUGGAGCUCCAGAGAAGGCAGCACCCGGGAAAGCGCUCCACGAUGGGACACAUUUCUGAAAACCCCAUAAUGCUCCUGAAUGAACUUUCCAAACGACAGCACCCGGGCAAGCGCUACCUGGUGCUGCACAGCAAACGCCAGCACCCAGGUAAGCGCCAUCUCGAGGAUGAGGACGACGAGGGGGACUGGGACGCCGAUGCAGAUGGAGACGAAGACCUCGCAGAAUUGGAAAAGCGUCAGCACCCAGGAAAACGGUUUUGGGAUAACUCCAGUCCGGAUUUGGGCACAAACAGUCCAUGUGAUGUAUUGGACCCUACGAGCUGCAGCAAGACCAGUUUGCUGCUCGACUUUUUAGACAACAUUAACAAGAGCCAUGCCGAGGAGAAGAGGCAACACCCGGGUAAAAGGUUUGCACCCGAGGAGGAUUUAGUGGAAGGAGAGUAGGUUAAACAAAAGUCUGGUGUGCGUUUACUGCUGUAUUGUAAAAACGCACAUGUGUAAAUUAACUGACCAUAAUGAAUUAUUAAAAAUGAAAAAAGAAUUUGCAUCAUUUUACCUUUUGUGCCACAGUUUUUCUUUGGCAAAAGCAUUUAUCUGCUGUUGGUUUCUUUGCUUGUGCGUAAUUGUCCUCCAAACUGACGACAUCGCUGUAAAUAAGGUUUUCAUAAGAGUUCGUGCCAUAUGUUGAACUUUAUUAACAAUAGCUGUUAUAAUUAUCAUUAAUUAGUAUUCACACCCGUAAUUAGCCUACAUGUUAAAAUCAAGUCCGACGAUGAAAGCAUCAGUCUGCUGGCUUUUGCGCUGCUGCCUCUGUGAGGGAACACACGCUUGUCAGUACAGCACAUGCUUGAAAUGUGAUCAAUCAAAGUUAUAUGUAAGAAAUCCCAUCACUGACUGAUUUGUGUCUCGUUCUUUUCUACUCACGUGAAAUACAGUUAAUACCACAGCAAGUAAAAUGUGUCACUGAUUAUUUUUCUGCUCAUUGCUGCAUGGAUUAAGUUUAUUUAACCUAAUGUUGUAAAUUAAAAGCUAC